UAUAUGCCUCUGAGAUCGAGAUGAUCCAUUGGAAGGUUUUAAAGUGUCAUUAAUUUUGAUAAGUUUUGAGGUUUGCUUUGGUUUUAAAAAAAAUGCAUAUGACGGAUGUAUCAUUGUUUGAGCACAAAGUCCAUAAUAACAUUUCUUGAAUAUUGCUAGACACUCUAUCGAUUGGAUUUUACAUUGAAUCGGCUAAAGCGAGAUUAGACUUCUUUGUACCAAUAAUCAAUAACUUCAUAAUAUAUAAUUCUUAUUUUGUAAAAAAAUAAUAUAUAAUUCCAAUUUUUAAAAAGAACAAGGACUUUGUCCUUUUUCAAAUAUGGUAAAUAUUGACAGGGGUUAAUUUUUCAAGAACUAUCUUCUCAGGUAUCCAUUUUCGGGAUAAAAAUAUAUUGGUUUUUCCUUUUAUUCAUGCAAUUACAGUGGCACCUAGUAUUAAAAUAACAACUCUAUUUGUUUGGGCUUGAAUAGAAAUCGUUUUGCUUGAAAAUAAGAGCUCAGCCAGUGGUUGUCCCGAGUCCUGACCAGCAGAAUCCAAGAGUGGUAUUUGACAAAAGGAUGAUGAGCAUUUUGGUCAAUAUUUGAAAGUAACGUCCCCUGUUUCUGUCCUGAAACUUUGCAACAGGCGUCAGAUUAAAUACGUGACAUUAAACUUUUCCAUAUCCUAAGCUUCUACUGUCACUGAUUAAUACAUUUUUCAUACCCAAACCAAAAAAUGGCAUCUAGAGAGAGAAAGACCCCUUUUCCAUGUAGAGAGAGAAAGAGAGAGAGGGACUAUAGAAUAGAGAGCACAGAGCAAGAUCACCAGAGAUCAGAAGCUAGAGAGAUAGAGAGUCAUGUUUAAUGUUUAUGUAAAGAGACUAGAGAGAGAGAGUCCUUUUUGUGCAGAGGAACAGGGGAGAGAGAGAGAGAGAAGCUCCAUUAUUAAUGUACUAGCUAAACCCCACACACACAGUAACUAGUACACAAAUCACCAGUUGCACAAGCAACGUUAUAGAGAAAGAAAUCACCACUUGUACCAGCAAACAUAAAGUAGAACAGAGACCCAACAUCAAACAAACUCCACCAUUGCUCACCCCAACUUUCCAUUAAUGGAAGAAAGGAGCUCUGAACCAGAGCUGGUCUCUAUACCUGCAACUCCAAAGGUCUCCACCCCACCUUUGACACCGGACAUUCUCUCUAGCUCACAUUCCCAUGCUGUAACUCCCUCCGGUCAGAGAUCACCGAGGCCCCUGUCUUCUUCUCUUAUUUCUCUCUCUAACCCUGCAUCUCCUCCCCCGCCAUUAAAGACCCCAAGAACUCCAUGGACCCCCUCUUCUCUUAUUUCUCCAAGGUUUUUGAGCCCAAUAGGAACCCCAAUGAAGAGAGUUUUGGUGAAUAUGAAGGCCUAUUUAGAAGACAUUGGGCAUUUGACUAAGCUAAAUCCACAAGAUGCAUGGCUCCCCAUUACCGAGUCGAGAAACGGGAACGCAUACUAUGCUGCAUUUCACAAUCUCAAUGCCGGGAUCGGGUUUCAGGCUCUCAUUCUUCCUGUGGCUUUCACUUUUCUUGGAUGGAGUUGGGGGAUUAUCUCUUUGGUAAUAGCAUAUUGUUGGCAACUCUACACACUCUGGGUUUUAGUGAGGUUACAUGAAGCUGUUCCUGGGAAGAGAUACAACAGAUAUGUGGAGCUUGCACAAGCAGCAUUUGGCGAAAAGCUUGGAGUAUGGUUAGCUCUCUUCCCAACAGUGUACCUCUCAGCAGGAACUGCAACUGCUCUUAUCUUAAUUGGUGGGGAGACCAUGAAGCUCUUCUUCCAGAUAGUGUGUGGACCCAACUGUGAAUCUAACCCUCUCUCCACUAUUGAAUGGUACCUUGUCUUCACCACCCUUUGUAUUGUUCUCUCUCAAUUGCCAAACCUCAACUCCAUUGCAGGGCUCUCUCUAGUAGGGGCCAUCACAGCCAUCACAUACUCCACCAUGUCGUGGGUCCUCUCUGUUAGCCAGCCUAGACCACCUUCCAUCUCUUACCAACCCCUCAGAUCUCCUUCCUUCUCAGUGACCGCUCUCUCUCUCUUGAAUUCUCUUGGAAUCAUUGCUUUCACGUUUAGAGGACACAAUCUGGCACUAGAGAUUCAGGCAACAAUGCCCUCAACCCUCAAGCACCCAGCUCAUACACCAAUGUGGAAAGGUGCUAAAGUUGCAUAUUUGUUGAUUGCCAUGUGCUUGUUUCCCAUAGCAAUUGGGGGCUUUUGGGCAUAUGGAAACUCGAUGCCUGCAGGGGGGAUGCUGAACGCCUUGUAUGGGUUCCACAGCCAUGACAUCCCCAGGGGCCUCCUUGCAGUGACAUUCCUCUUAGUGGUAUUCAAUUGCCUGAGCAGCUUCCAGAUAUACUCAAUGCCAGUUUUUGACAGCUUCGAGGCCGGUUACACAAGUCGCACAAAUAGACCAUGCUCAAUAUGGGUUCGUUCUGGUUUCCGAAUUUUCUAUGGCUUCAUCUCUUUCUUUAUUGGCAUAGCCCUUCCUUUCCUCUCGAGCCUAGCUGGGCUCUUAGGAGGGCUCACUCUACCAGUUACAUUUGCCUAUCCUUGCUUUAUGUGGGUUCUCAUUAAGAGGCCAACAAGAUUCAGUUUUAGCUGGUAUCUCAACUGGACCCUUGGAAUAUUGGGGAUUGCUUUUAGCAUGGCUCUCUCAGCUGGGGGUGUCUGGAGCAUGGUGAAUAGUGGAUUGAAGCUCAAAUUCUUCAAGCCAAGCUGACGAACUGGCCGACAACAGAGAGGGAAAAAAAUCAGCAACCUAUGUGAGCUAUAAAAUUGGAUUAAGGCCAUUGUUUACCACAUGGGAUUCAAAGGACUGGUGCUGCUUAAGCCUAAUUUCUUUGUUAGAGACAAAAUAUGGUGAUUAUUUGUUUCUUUUCCAAAGACUAGAUUGUUAUUAGUUGAAGAGGAGAUUAACAGAAUGAAUAUGAAAAUAAACUAGAGGGAAAUUUGUUUAAAUAUCCACUAUACUCUUGAAAUUUUAAAAAUGUCCCCAAUAUUUUGUAUUUUA